UAUGCUGCAUUCAAUGCCCUCGGAAUUCGCGGCUAGUAAGACGUCACGGACUAGCUUUUGGCGGCGGCACUCCAGUGAACAAUUUGCAGUAACAUGGAUGCCUCAUAGAAAGGUUCUUCGUCUUUUUCUAGCUCCUUCCACGUAGACGAUUCAGAAAAACGUACCGGGUAUACGGAGCGAGGUUGUUGAAGACGAAACCCCGCUCGGAAGCUGCCACACAAGACAAAUGGGGCGCCGAAAGUCCAAGAGAAAGCCUCCUCCGAAGAAAAAAAUGACAGGCAACUUGGACACCCAAUUCACGUGCCCGUUUUGUAACCACGAGAAGUCAUGUGACGUGAAAAUGGAGAGAACUCGAAAUACAGGAAUUAUAUCAUGCAGCGUUUGCUUGGAGGAGUUCCAGACUCCUAUAACAUAUUUGUCGGAGCCAGUGGAUGUUUACAGUGACUGGAUAGAUGCAUGUGAAGCAGCCAAUCAGUGAUCAGCUGAAAAUGUGUAAUGCAUCCUUUAUUUUAGAUAAUGAGCUUUUAAGUCGACACAGCAUAUUUUUAAAGUAGGUUUCCUAUUAAUUGAACAUAUUUCCAGUAUUAUACAUUGUUAUUAACUCCCCUUUGCAGGAUUAAUUUAGUACCAUAAAAUAAUAUGCAUUUUCUUUUGUGCUUUUUGAAAUUGUAGUUUGUGUGCUUUGGCCAGGUAUGCAAAGAUGAAAGCAAAUGAAAAGGGAAAAAAACCAACAAUUUAUUUUACAAUGUUGUGUAAUUUGU